AUGCAAGCGCUUGGCAGCAUAUUCCACAAGACGACGCCAGAGGAAGAGGUGCGCAAGUGGACGCGCAACCUGCGCUCUGAGCAACGCAAGAUUGAGCUUCAGAUCAACAAGAUCCAACGCGAGGAGACCAAGGUAAAAAUGUCGAUGAAGCAGGCAGCAAAGCAGAAUGAUGAAGUGGCGGUACGGAUGCUGGCGAAGGAGAUGAUCCGCUCUCGCAAGGCGGUGAAUCGAUUGUACGCCUCCAAGGCACAGAUGAACUCGGUGUCCAUGCAGUUGCAGAACCAGUCAAGUCAGAUGAGGAUGUCCGGCUCGCUCAAGAAGAGCGGCGAGAUUAUGAAAGAGAUGAACAACCUAGUCAAGGUGAAGGGAAUUCAGCAGUCCAUGAUGGCGAUGGGCAAAGAAAUGGCCAAGGCAGGGCUAAUCGAGGAGAUUAUGAACGAUACGAUUGAUGAGGCGCUAGACGACAACAUCAGCGACACAGAGCUCGAGGACGAGGUAAACAAGGUGGUGAUGGACGUGGUGCAAGGUCAGAUGGACGGCGCACGCGUCGGUGCUUCUCGUAUCCCGACAGCGCAGCAGCAACAACAGGAAGCUGCAGAGGAGGAAGGAGAGGAUGAGCUCAUGGAAAAGUUCAAUGCGCUGCGCAACUCGUAA